AUGGCAUGGUUUAUAGGAUUUUGGGUUUUGGUUGGUAUCUUUGUAGGAUUGUGUUGGUAUGGUAAAGAGAAGAGGAAGAAGAACAACACAAAAAUGGAAAAAAAGAGUGGAGUGCUUCCAAAGGGAAGCUUUGGUUGGCCUUUGAUAGGAGAAACUCUUGACUUCAUUGCUGCUGGUUACACUUCUCAACCUGUUAGUUUCAUGGAGAAACGCAAAUCACUGUACGGGAGGGUGUUCAAAACACACAUCUUGGGUACCCCCAUCAUAGUAUCCACGGAUGCAGGAGUGAACAAAGUUAUUUUACAAAACCAUGGCAACGUUUUUAUCCCUGCUUAUCCUAAAUCAAUCAGGGAAAUAUUUGGAGAAUAUUCUAUACUUCAAACCAAUGGACCUCUGCAGAAAAAGGUCCAUGCACUUAUUGGUAGAUUCUUGAGAUCACCCCAAUUCAAAGCUAGAAUUACCAAACACAUCGAGCACCAGGUCAAACUCACCUUGGCUUCUUGGAAAGACUUGCCCCUUCUCCUCGUCCAACAAGAAACCCAAAAGUUUACGUUCCAAGUUUUGGUUAACGUAUUGAUGAGUCUUGAUCCGAGUGAUGAUUUGGAUUUUCUUAAAAGAGAAUUCGAUGAAUUCAUCAAAGGAUUGAUAUGUCUACCCAUCAAAUUCCCAGGAACAAGAUUAUACAAAUCUUUAAAGGCUAAAGAGAGAAUAUUCAAGCUGGUAAAAAAGAUUGUUGAGGGAAGAAAAUCGAGCAUGGAGAAAUCAGAAGAUUAUCAUGAACAUCAAAAUGCAAUACCUAAUGACGCAGUGGACGUGCUUUUACGUGACCAUCUUGGUGAACAAAAUGACAAGCAAUCUCUAUCGUUGGAUUUCAUCACUUCCCAUAUUAUUGAGCUGAUGGUCCCUGGAGAAGAAACCGUGCCCAUGUCCGUGACUUUAGCUGUCAAAUUCCUCAGUGACUGCCAUGUCGCUCUAGAGCAAUUAACGGAGGAGAACAUGAAAUUGAAGAGGCAGAAGACUGAUUCUGGUGAUGAUUACUGUUGGACUGAUUACAUGUCCUUGCAAUUUACUCAGAAUGUGAUAAACGAAACUCUUAGAAUAGCAAAUAUAAUCAAUGCAGUUUGGAGGAAAGCUCUCAAGGAUAUAGAAAUCAAAGGAAUUUUGAUUCCAGAAGGAUGGUGUGUCCUCACAUCUUUCAGUUCUGUUCAUAUGGAUGAAGAAAACUAUGAAAACCCUUACAAGUUUGAUCCAUGGAGAUGGGAGAAAACAGGAGCUUCCGUUAACAACAAUUGCUUUACCCCUUUUGGAGGUGGACAGAGGCUAUGCCCUGGUCUAGAUCUAUCCAGGCUUGAAAUUUCCAUCUUCCUUCACCAUCUUGUCACUACUUACAGCUGGGUAGCUGAAAAGGAUGAAAUUAUCUACUUUCCAACAGUGAAGUUGAAGAGAAAGCUGCCAAUCACAGUCACCUCCAUUGGCAACUCUUCAUGA